AUGCAAAAGUGGUAUGUCAACGGGGUUCCUAGAAUCGGAUUGUUUGCGGGUCCUGCAUAUAUUGAGGCUGGUACUGAGCUGACAUAUGAUUACAAUUUUGACUGGUUUAAAGGGGCAGUUGCUCAGUUCUGUCACUGCGGCUCUGAUAACUGUCGUGGUGUAAUUGGAAAGAAGUCGUCUUCUGUUAGUACUUCAAGAUCCGAUGAUAGCAGUGUUCCAUCUAGUAGAAAUGGAACUCCUAUUACGGGAUUGAAUGGGUCCAAGAAAAAAAAUCAAGCAUCUGUUAAAUCUACUGUGAGUCGAAUUGUUAAAAAGUCAGUUCAUUCUGCUAAGAUGAAGCGUGUAACAUCAGUGAACGGACCAGCUUCAAGCAUCGCUCGUGCUAAGUACGCCAAGCAAGGGCUGAGAGGUAGAAAGACACCGUACACCGACUCUAGGGUUUCAAUACCUGUUAAAAAGGGACUUCAACUUAAGAUAAGACUGGCUAAGGCUACUCCUCUCGCCGAGGCGGAUCCGCCUCGGCGGCGUCCAGGGAGGCCACGAAAAGAUACAAAUAUAUCGGUGGCCGAUUCAGAAUCUAGUGCACAGGAGAAUGUGCGAACCAGAACCCGGUCAUCAGCAUCAGUAACUGACUCGGAGACGGCCAAGAAUUUGAAGAAAGGAAAGAAGAUGGUAAUUCCGCGUACCAAGCCGACCAUUGUGUUUUCAAGUUCCCUGGUGACGAAGCGGAGAGGGAGGCCCAAAAAGAACUUGUCUCCAGAGCCGGUACUCCCUAAAAGAAGAGGACGACCUAGAAAGGAAGAGUCUCAAUCAAUAACGAAUACAGACGUGUCGACAGUAAAGAGGGCAAGGAGUAAAAUAGGAACUGUUUCUAAUGGAGAAGCCGCCAACAUCGACAAUUCGGAAAACAAACGGAGGACCAGACGGUCAGGAUUACAGCCUCUAAUAGAUAUUGGCAAUGAGGACAAUAAUUUGUUAUCAGCGGAAGCGCUAGGAUUUCUCCACCCUCCAGGUAUAACAGCUACUUUGAUGAAGAUUAGAAAUCCCAAGAGACAGUUCAAGCGUAAAAGAAUUAACACAGAGAAUAACCUACAGGAAGAGGACGGUAUGGACGAUGAGAAUUCGGAAGAUGACAGGCCAUCGGAAAAGAUUGAACGUGGUCUUCGAUCUAGGACCGUGCCAUUAGUGGGUGACUUGGAAUGGAAGCGUGAAAGGAGGACUAGUCAGCGAACUCAGUCGGUUCCUAGUACCGGAACAGCGGAUCGCAUGGAAAUUUCCGAUGCGGACAUUGAAGUUGAGGAGAUUGGAGCAUCUGAUGAUAACUUCAAUGAAGAGAUUGGAGCAUCUGAUGAUAACUUCAACGAAGAAAUUGGAGAUUCGGAUGACAAUUCAAUUGAUGAUAACCAGAAUGAUGCGAACGAUGAGUUUGUUGCACAGUCUAUUGAUGAGGAUGAUAGCUCUAGUCUUUCGGAACUUGAUAGCAAAGCUUCGAAUUUCAGCGAUUAUCAGUUAUCGAUGGAUGAAGAAGUGGUAUCGGAUAAUGACGAUAGUGAAGUUAUUAUUUUGGAUCAAUCACCGGCAGUAGAUGGUGGUAAGGAAAUCAAUUCUGGAGCCAAACAGAGGGGCAGUCUUCUGGUAGAAGAGAAAGGGAUGGGUGUGCAAAAUUCAGAACUGAACCAAGACAAUGAUGCUGACGAUAGGUUGGACAUUAGAGAUGAGGAGGAAAAGAACCAGUCAUUGGAACAACUUAGUGAGAUGAAAGAAAGAACUCACAAUGAGACUCCGGAAAUGCAUACUAAUGGUCGGCAACAGAUUACAAUUGACCAUGAUAAUGAUCAUGAUCAGAAUGUAGAAGGGAAUAUAGACGAGAGUGCUCGGAUUAUUCCAAAGAAACGUGGAAGACCACCUAAAAACAGAAUGCAGUCAGGUCUGCCGAAUGGAGAUGGUGAGGCACCAACGCAGCCUGUUCGGCGGUCUACUAGGGUAGUGAACCAGCCCCAACGGUUUAUUGAUAUGGUGGAGGCGCCUGAACCUAAGCGAAAGUUGCGUAAUAGAAAAAUAGGGAGACCAAAGAAAAACACUGCAGUUUUGGAAUUUACAAGUCUUGACAUCGGCAGAAGUAGGCAAGAACAACCUAGUCAUGUAGCAAUGUCUCACUCUCGUCCAGAGACAGUUAACAACUCUGGUGACAGAUCGAAUUCGGGAUCAAAUUCGGGGUCAAAUUCCGGUUUGGAUAUAUUGGCGCUUGCAAUAGCUAGCACUGAGGCAACUUCUCGUACUCCUAACAAUGUUAGGACGAUUGCCCGACCUUCGGUGAUCAACAGACCUUCGCAUAAUCCUGUAAGUAUUGGCCGCUAUUACAGAGAUGACAGUGGGAGUGAGGAUGAUAGCGAGGAUACAGAUGGCGGGAGAGCUCCUCGUUCAUUGACUGCAUCUAGCACUCCAAUACAAAUUGAGCAAAGGUCAACAUCCCAGUCGUCACCCAAAACAGAGUCGAGAGGACAACUAAGACAAACGCAUUUGACUGAAUUUAUUGGACCAACAGCGAAUCGGUCUCGGGUCGAAGAUGAGCGAACUGGUCUGCCAGCUCCACAGGAAAUACCAAAGGAGUCCACUGAGACGAGGAUGACUAUAGAUGAAUAUGUGAGUAAACAAGCUCUCGCAGAGAAGCAAUUUAUUCCUCUUGAUGUAUCAUCUUUGGCAUCGAGGAGGCCCUAUAUGCCCGUACCCGUACCAGUGGUCGAUGCUAAAGAUGGUAAGCAGCCGGAUGGCCCACUAAUCGAAUGCCAGGUCGUUCUUCCAGAGAAGUUGUCAAAGGAACUGAGUGAACAUCCAGGGUCACUCUCUUCAGGGUCCUCGAGACAAGCACAGCCAUCACAGUUGCCAGGUCCGCCAGGUUCAACCCCACCGAAUACUUUGGUACCCAUGACCCCUGUCCCGGCAGUAACAUACCAAGUUGUAUCAUCUCCUAAUGGUCCUCAAAUGAUACCACAGGGGAUACCAUAUUAUUCGAGCCCGAUGGGGCCCCCAAUGGGCGUUCCUCAGAUGAUGCCUCAGAUGGGACCGUCUUAUCCAUCAGAAAUGAGUAUGCCAGAUCAGCAGAUGUACCCCCAGAUGGGACCUCAGAUGGGUUCUCAAAUGGGUCCUCAGAUGGGUCCUCAGAUGGGUCCUCAGAUGGGUCCUCAGAUGGGUCCUCGGAUGGGUCCUCAGAUGGGUACUCCUAUUGGUCCCCAGAUGGGGCCUCACAUGGGACCACAUAUGGGAUCACCUAUGGGGCCACCUAUGACAGCACCUAUGGGAGUGCCUAUGGGAAUGCCUAUGGAACAGGCCAUGGGACCGCCCAUGGGACAGCCUAUGGGACAGCCUAUGGGACCAUUUGUGGGACAACCUAUGGGACAGCCUAUGGGACAGCCUGUGGGACAGCCUAUGGGACCGCCUAUGGGACCGCCUAUGGGACCGCCUAUGGGACCGCCUAUGGGACCACCUAUGGGACCAAUGGGGCACCCUAUGGGACAACCUAUGGGACAAUCUAUGGGGCCAUACAUGGGACAACCCAUGGGCCCUUAUUAUGGACCGUCAAUGAUGCCUCAGACUGGGCCUCCUGUAGAACCAAUGGCUGGACAUAUGGGACCUCCAGCAGGUUCGCCUUCGGGAUAUCCAAUGAGUAUGCCCAGUAACGGUACUCAGAGUGGACCACCAGGGACAUCUCCUUCUCUGGGUGCUCCGAAUAGUCCUGUUGAUGGUCGCCGAUAUAGCUCUACGACCAGGGUUGUGUCUGGAUCUCCUUCGCGAAAUGUACAACCCCACUUUCCAACGCAAAUUGGACCGAAUGGGAGUUCAGUGAGCUAUCGACCAGACACUAUUCCUGGGAAGUCAUCACCAAGUUCCCAGUUGUCUGAUGGUACAAAGGUAAUGGAGACGUCAGUAAAUACGUUCGAUAAUAGAUCUGAGAACGUCACAACUAAGCAAGAUCCAUCUCAGACAAGUUCUUCGGAAGAAGAAGAAUCAAGUGAAGAUGAAAAUCAGGUCGCUUCUUCAGGACAUACAGAAUCGACAAUCUCAUCAAGUGGUAUGCCUAAUCAUGUUGGAAUCACAUCAACGGGUAAUGUCCCGGCUAACCCGAGGAUGGCACAAUUUACUCCUUUAGGGAGAUCACCAAUAACAAGUGGGUCAACAGGAAAUUCAUAUCACCCUGCAGCACCUUCAGCAUCUCAAAUUACUCCUUCCAGUACCUCCAGAAAUAAAAGGGAGGAAAACCGUAUCUCGGAAACUCAUGCUCCUAUUAAUUCUGCAGCUGGUUUGGUGGCUGAAUACUUGGCUAAAACCCCGACAUCUACUUCAUACAAGCCCACGGAAUCGACCGUGAUUGGGGAGAGUACUCCAUCCGGGAGCAAAAGAACGGGAGUUAUGACUGGUACCCCUGCAAAAAUAGCUCCAUUGACGAACACUCAAAAUUCCAAUAACGAUGAGGAAGCUCAAUUACCCCCAAUGGGCACCUUUGCACCUCCGCAGUCUCAAGUCCAGCCACCUAAGGGGAUUCAAACACCUACUCGCAAAUACACUACUUCGAUUGUGAACAAAGAGUCUUAUAGCAGAAGCAAAAGCCCCCCAUCUGUUCAUCGUAGACGGCGUUCGUCUUGGAGGGAUGUUGUUGGCAUUGAUGUGGAAACAGUCGAAAAUGGUCAUUCGGGACAGAACGGAACCGGUGAGUCAUUGCCAGUCGAGGUUGAAGACAGUAGUUCAGAGGACUUAUCUCCAAGUUCUGCGCAGCCUCUAGAUGUGAUACCUAAUCAAGGGUAUGUUACAACCGAAGGAGGAGACAAGAAUCGCACAGCUAUUCCCAGAGACGAGCAACAAGAAAUUAUGAAUACACGAAAAAUACUUGAGCCAGGAGACGACCUGGCAGAUACUGCUGGCCGAUUUGGCACAAGAUUUAGACGUGUUCCAAAAAAAGAUUUAUCUUAA